AUGGCCGGGGGAAUUUUCAAGGCAUUUUUAUGGGUUACUGCAGCUAUGGCGCUUGCAAUGGCCGAGGGGGCUCGUGCACAGCUAGUGCCUUGCUAUUUUGUUUUCGGAGAUUCAGUCUUCGACAACGGUAACAACAAUGACUUGAAUACCUCCGUCAAAGUUAACUAUUCACCUUAUGGUAUUGAUUUUGCUAGAGGUCCUACCGGCCGGUUCAGCAAUGGCCGUAAUAUUCCUGACUUUAUUGGUUAG